GCGGACAGAGCCGGCCUCCGCGGGUGACGGAGGUGCAGCGAGGGCCGCCGCGGCCCUGUGGAGUUCCAAAAGAUGAGUCGUGGAUAUUCAGAAAACAACAAUUUCCUGAAUAAUAACAACCAAAUGGUGUUGGACAUGCUCCUUUAUCCAUUAAUCGGAAUCCAUCAGACCAUCAACUGGGAAACUGUGGCAAGGCUUGUGCCUGGAUUAACACCCAAAGAGUGUGCAAAAAGGUUUGAGGAACUGAAGAGUAGUGGGAGCUCCCCUGUUGACAACCAGUAUAGACCCCUAAUGGCUAGAGAGAGUCCUGUUGAAACCUUAGCUGCAUAUAUCAAAUCCUCACUACUUGACACACACGGAGAAUUUCAGGAGACUUCAGUUGUUCAGGAUGCAGUUUCCAAAACAGGAAGACAUAGUAUAGCUUCCACAAGGAAUUGUUCUUCAGAAAGUGAAAAUUGUACUACUCAUAAUGGUGGAGAAAAGAAUGAAGAAUCUGAAGGGCCAAACAUGGUGAUCCAUGUAUGUGAUGAAGCAAAAAACUUGAAAGAAGAUUUUAUAUGCCCACGAGAUCUUUUGAUAUCAGAAAUGAAGUACUUUGCUGAAUAUUUAUCUAUGGAUGCGCAGCGCUGGGAAGAGGUGGACAUUUCAGUUCAUUGUGAUGUUCAAAUUUUCAACUGGUUGAUAAAAUAUGUUAAAAGGAACACUAAGGAGAAUAAAGAUUGUGAAAUGCCAACUUUAGAGCCAGGAAAUGUCAUUUCAAUUCUUAUUUCUUCAGAGUUUUUGAAAAUGGAUUCAUUGGUUGAACAAUGUAUUCAGUAUUGCCAUAAAAAUAUGAAUGCCAUAGUAGCUACCCCAUGCAACAUGAACUGUAUUAAUGCAAAUCUUCUUACACGUAUAGCUGCUUUGUUCACACACAAUGAGGUUGAUGAUUUAAAGGACAAGAAAGAUAAGUUUAGGAGUAAACUGUUUUGUAAGAAGAUUGAGAGACUGUUUGAUCCUGAGUACUUGAAUCCAGAUUCUCGGAAUAAUGCAGCGACGCUGUACAGAUGUUGUUUGUGUAAGAAACUUUUAACAAAAGAAACAGAAAGAAGAAUUCCUUGCAUUCCUGGAAAAAUCAAUGUGGAUCGACAUGGAAAUAUUGUGUACAUUCACAUAAGUUCAAAACCAGUUCUCAUUCUGAGUUGGAAGGAGAAGUUGUUAAACAGUAUAAUGUCUCAAGAAAGCUCAAACUUUCAAAUAUAUAUAUUCUCUGACAGUAUCCUACUGAUAGGAAUUAACCCAAAGAGAGAUAAGACUUGGGAUGUUCAUGAGUAUUUGAUUAGCCUUUUUGAAGAAUUAAAAUCUUGGAGAGAUGUAUAUUGGCGCUUGUGGGGAACAGUCAACUGGCUAACUUGUUCGAAAUGUUAUCAGGUUUUUCUCUGUAUAGAAUUUUCACAUUGUCAAUAUCACUCAGAAGUGGUGGUUUAUCCUCCUUCAGCAAGUUCACUGAAUACUGUGGGCACUGGAAUUUAUCCCUGCUGUAACCAAAAGGUUCUUCGGUUUGAUCCUACUCAGUUUACAAAGGGUUGUAAAGUGAGGGACCACAUGGUUGCUCUUCAUGAUCAAGGUGAAGGUGGAGAUUUGCUGUCCUGUCCGACUGCUAGAAUACUGGAGGAUCUGCACAAACACAAAGAUGUCAUUGUUGUGCCUUUCCCUAAAGAUACGGUUAGUGAUUCUGGGGUUGGUCCCUGUGAUGAGAAGAGUCUGGACUGUGAUGUUUUAUUGGAACCAAAUACACCAUGGGGCCCCAAAAGUGGGGAGCUCAAUGCUUUUUUGUCACUGAAAAACUGGACUCUGCAAUUGAAACAACAGUCAUUAUUUUCAGAAGAAGAAGAAUAUACCACUGGAUCUGAGGUCACUGAAGAUGAAGUUGGAGAUGAAGAAGAAGUAGCCAAGAAACAAAGGAAAAAGGAAAAGCCAAAGAAGUUCACUAAACAACCAAAAAAACAGAUGUCUUCACCCUGUAGUCAGAAGAAAGAAAAGUCAUUGGAGAAGUCAACGUCUAGAGAUGUGUCUCCUUUCAUUGUAAGUAUGCAGAAGAAUAAGUGGGAUGUCACCAGAUCAUUGAGGUUCAACCAGGAUGCACAAAGAGAAGAUGAUCAGCGGCGGAUGUCUGAAAUUACAGGGCAUCUAAUAAAGAUGAGAUUGGGUGAUCUGGACCGAGUCAAGUCAAAGGAAUCAAAAGAAUUUGCAGGAGGUAUUUAUUCCAGGCUUGAAGCGCAAAUCAAGGCCUCAGUGCCAGUCAGCGCUCGGCAGGGAAGCUCAGAGAAAAACACGCGGUCUAAAAGCCGUUUUGGUCCAGGGCGUCCUGCAUAAAGCACCUUAACAUGUAACUAAAAAGGCAGAAGACACACCUCUGGACAUCCGAAAUUGCUCACCUCUUGAAGAUCUUCAGAACAAUGACUUCUGAAUGUUUUAAGUUAUUUAUUAAUUAUUCAUGCAAACCACAUAAAUCAUAAUGCUAAGGGAAGCAUCUAAUUAGGUCUUAUGAAAUCUAAUUGUAAAUAGGAAACUUCUUAAAUCUAAUUUUCUUUUGGUGUGAUGCUAGGCUAUAUAGAAAAUUAGUAUUUACAAGUUUGUUAAGACUCCUAAUAUUAAUUGAUUUAUUUGAAAGAGAAGAGGCCUGAACUCUGGAGUAGGUAAGAUUUUUUAAGACCUUCACCAAUUAGGGGAACAGACCUGGUAGUGGUAGCGUGCACGUGGACUGAUUGUAGUAUGUCUUCUAUGAAUUAUGGGAUAGCAUUAAGCACUGCAAUUUGUGUGAUGAAAUUCCCAGUGAUACUAAUUCUAAGUUUGCAUGGAUAUUAAGGAGUGAUGUAUCUCAAGACUGCAUUAAUAAAGUGUCAUGUGAGGUAUUUCUUGUGUUGGGCAGAAGGAUUAAAUAU